UCAUAUCAUCACAAGCUGUGUGUUUUUCUCUCUCCUUCUUUAUAAACAUCAACAUGCGGUUAUAUUUGUAUAUAAUGUAUAUAUAUGUUUGUGUGAAUGAAAUGAACUGACCUCCCUGACAUGGAGAACCCGUUCGAACCGGCUAAUUGCUCUCCGGAGAGCAUCUGUCAAUCCUUCGUCACCAUCUCCGACUUCUCCGACGAGAUCCUGCUGCACAUCCUGAGCUACAUCCCCAGUCAUGACCUGGUGCUCAGCGUGAGCCGCGUCUGUCGCAAACUUCAGAGCCUGUGUCAGGACAAGAGCCUGAUUUCUCACGUACAGCUUCAUAAAGAGUACAGAGCGUCUGAUGAAGCUGUGAAGCGAGUGCUGAAGGAGCUAUGUCGUGACGUCCAAACUCUGGAUGCAAGCGGCUGCUAUUGGUUGGCCUGUAAUACGCUGGACGUUGUAACGCGCUGCGUUGGACUCGUCCGGUUAGAUGUAUCAGGCUGGCGUGUGACUCCUGCGCGUCUCUCGCGUCUUCUGGGCUCGCUGCGGCUGCUGCGCUCGCUGGCGCUCGACAUCGGGACAGGAUUUGACCUGCAGGAGCUGGGCACGGAUGGCAGAGCGACACUGGCGCAGCUCAGCGAGCUGAAACAGACCCUCCUGACGCCCUCGUAUGGUGUGGUGCCAUGCUGCAGUGCGUUACAGAGCCUGAGUCUGUACUUGGAAGUGGCCGAAGCUUGGCACGAGCGCACCGCGCGCCUCCAACUAAUAGUGGGGCAAAGCAGUAUGCCGCGCUACCACAACCUUCAAUGGUUCUCCGCACACUUGGCACCUGGCGAGGUCAACCGCGAGUUGCUCAGUCUCUACUUGGCCGCUUUUAGAAUGUGUGUACCCAAGAGCCUCACUGGGUUGGUUGUCGCCAUCCCCGGUUCUGCCCCGCACUUUCCUGGUUUCUCUUAUUUACUAAAUGAGGGCAUUUUGUCAGCUGGGAGGGCGCUCAGUGCUUUUCAGCUUCCGCACACAUGGUUAGACAGCGCCGCCUUGAGGCAGGUUUUAGUAAAAGGUUGUCCUUUGUACUUGAACCUGUCACGGUGCGGGACUGGGGGAUUUGAGCCACUGUGUGUGUUGCUGGGGGCCGGGUGCGAACUUUCACCCCUGCGCAGCCUUAAUCUGCGCGGUAAAUCAGAGGAGGAAGUGGACGCUGAGGGCGUCAGGACUCUUGCCGAGUUGUGCCCCAAUCUUACCCACUUCAAUCUGUCCUCCACACACUACCACCACAGUACUCCGGAUAAGCUGGACGGGCAUCUCUGUGGCGCUCUCGGGCAUUUUAAUCAUCUCCGUUCACUUGCACUGCCUGCGUGUGCGCUGUCACAUGGGCCACCGGUACCAGCCAACAAACCCGAUUUAGCGACAAAGCUGUCCUCUGAGUCGCUACUGCUCGGGCUGAAGAAGACUCGCCGCGUCGGUGUUCCAGCCUACCAGCCUACUCUUAACAGCACGGAUGGUUUAAAGGAAGAACAGGAAGGUGAAGCAGAGUCCUUCCUGCGCCCACUGAUAAAUGGUUGCACCUAUCUGGUGGAGCUGGAACUGAUCGGGGCGGGUUUCUUGUCAGCCAUGCCCAGAUACGAGCCAGCCAUGCGCAAGGAUCCCGCCGCCUGUCCCUGGUCCUUCCAGGUAGGAGACGCCCAGCUGGCAGCGUUGGGAAAGCUCCGCUUUUUGCGCAGACUUACGCUGGCUCACCUGCCGGGGGUCCUGAAAGGUACCGGGCUCGUCCAGCUCGCCCUGGGGUGCAAAGACCUUCAGGCGUUAUCUCUGGCUAACCUCGGGUCCUUAAAGACUGUGAAUUACACAGCGGCUCUGCAGGAGGCGCUCAAACACUGCAAACAGCUCAGGCAGUUCAGGUUGGAGCAGCCGUACUUCAGCGCCAACUCAUCCUUCUUUGAAGCGCUCGCUCACUGUCGCCUCCUGCAGCGCCUCUGUCUCGUCUCGCGCCACGGAACGUUCCAGCACGCGGCCGCUGACGGUUUCAUGCAGCAGUGUGAGGACGUCAUGAUGUUCCACAUGUUUACCGGAGGCACCCUCGUGUCCUGUAAAACAUUGCAGAGUGCACUGCUCAGCCGUCUGUCUGCAUCCCGUCCGGCCCUGAGCGUGGUGGUGUACCCGCUUCUCCACGAGGACCUCGGGAACCUGAUCAAGGAAAUGCCACUCUGCCACCUGGACGAGAUCACACUCUUUAAGACCCGCGUGGCAGAACAUCCCACUGUACUGUGAUAGAGACAGAUGAGUGAUGUUGCCUUGUGAUGGUGGAUGCUAACAUUUCACACGUUACUGUUUACAAAAACGGAGAUCAGCGGAGUCUCUAAACAUCGACUUAAUGCAAGACUGAGAUCAUGAUAACUUUAUUAUGGACGUUAAAAAGAACCACAACAGUGCCAAAAUCAUGUCACACUUGAAAUAAAGUUGCUGUUGGUACGUUC